AUGCACGGGCUAGGUUUGCGUCUUAUGGAAAUCUUUGGUUGCAGAUCUGAGGAAAACACGUAUAAUAUCAUCCCCUCUGCGGCAACGAUGCUUUUCCACGGACUCCCUGGAGGCGACAUGCACGGUGUUGUGGAAGAAAUGGAGCGGAGAGGAAAGAGCGAAUCCGCAGCUAUCAGCUCUGCCAUAGAUAUGGGAGAAUCUGAAACGGUAGGCAACUGAACAGCCACACGCUGAGGGGCGAUUGCAAUCGAGAGUAUAGCGAGCAGUUGAGCACAAAUAUCAUAAUGCGCAGCAAAACGUUCAUGCAAAAAAGUAGGAGCAGUGCACUAUAAAAUCAUACUUGUGAUAUUAAAAAGACUUGACGUGGGAUAGGCUAUUAAAACUUGUUGGACUAAGAAAUAACUUACUUUUGGAGUUUAUUAUUAUUAUUUGGAAUAUGUCUUAAACAAUGUAUGUAUGAUUAUGGAAGUAUUUUGAAUCUCUAUCACAAAACAAUUUAGCGUAAUCUAAGAAUAGUAGGCUAAUUAAUUCCUAGGCAUAUGCUAAUCUGUUAAUAGCAAAUAUCAGCGAUGUUUUUAUUAUGUCCACUCAAGUGUUUUUAAGCAUGACAUUGUUUUGGUGUUAGAUAUGUUGUGGAUUUAAACGACAUCAUAAUGAAAUGAAUGUUUCAUAAUUUUCUACUUUUGAAAUUGUACAACAUUACACAUUCAUCAAAUCGUUGUGCAAAUUAGUAUGAGGCCUAUAUGCGGCUGUAUAUACCCUUACAAAUAAGGGUACAAUUAAUAGAGAGUUGUUUUACCUUUAGACUAAAACGUGCAUGUGUUCAAAUCUUGAUUGAUAAAAUGUAACUUGAGUUAAAUUACAAAUUAAUUCGUUAGAAUGGUAACAAAUGGGGGGUCUUCUCCCUAUAACAUUGGCAUUCACUUUGUUGCCUGUAUUUUUUGACUAGGCCUAAUGGGUGGGUAGAAGUGGUUUGAUGUUUGAUCUGUUCGGCUAUAUGUGAUAAUGUAUUCCUAUUGUGGUGCAUUUCUUUGUCUUGUUAUAUGGUUUUAGCCAAAUCAAAGUUUUAAGCCAAAUUACAUUAGGUGAGGUGAAAGUUUUAGCAUCCAUCCCCCCACCCCCCAAUAAUAAUAAUAAUAGUCCCAAAAGUGUUUAAGAAAUUAUACUUUUCUUGGAACUUUUUAAAAGAUAAAAAACAUUUUAGAGAAUAGGCCUAGAAAAAAUGAAGUGUGUGUGUAUGUGUUUGUUUGUAAGUGUGAUUAGGAUAUCUGAAAUCGUAAAUCUUGGUGUGAGUAAGCCGUUUUAUUUCGAGAACUACAGGCUACAUAGCAUGUGCUUUGUUGUUGUUUAUGGAUGGAUGUUUCACUUUUAAAUGCCCAAAAUGUUUAUAACAAGAUAUGCUUUGGUCAACAAUAGGAUACAGUUAGCCUAGCUAUAGGCCUAUAACUUGGCAUAUUUUAAUUGAUGUGAAAAAACAAAAUCUUCAUUUCUAGUCUAAAUAAAUAAGCCUGUACUGUUCGGCGCAGUGCCCUCUGUCAGAUAUUACAAUAUGUUCAUGCAAAAUAUCAUACUUAAAAGAAUGGCUAAUAAAAAGGAAGCAUCUCCAAAAGGGAGCAUAUCUUGUGGCAGAAAUGAUAUAUUAUUUCGAUAUGGGUGUUUGAUGACAUGUGGUUGACAUAAGUUUGUGUUUGUUUGGUUGUCUUUUAGAACAUGCGGUGCAUGAACAGUGACAGGGUGGCUCUGUGCGCGGGCUGCGGCGGGAAGAUUGCUGACCGCUACUACCUGCUCGCGGUGGACAAACAAUGGCACAUGCGCUGUCUCAAGUGCUGCGAGUGUAAACUCAACCUGGAGUCCGAGCUCACCUGCUUCAGUAAAGACGGAAGCAUCUACUGCAAGGAAGAUUAUUACAGGUAACUCAAUAAACCCCGCCAAAUGGUGCUGCACACAAUAGUAAAAGUGUUGGGUGGCUAUGAAGAAUAGCAAACAUUUGAAGUCAGAUUUGCCCUAAAAAUAGUCACCCCCUUGACACAUUAUAUUUAAUUUGGGUAUUACAACACCAUAUAAUAGGCUUUAAUGUGGUCUAUAGCGUGGCCAUACUACUGAGCUUCGACAAAACGUUAAAGUGCCCUUGCACAAAACGCAUUACAUAUGGCCUGUGUGAGAGUUUCAAAGUACUGUACAUGGUUCUGUUUCAAAGCGGUACCUUGGAGUACGCUUACAUAACUGCCACUGUAUGUGCUACUAAUUGACACGGUUAAGCCUAAUUCACAUCUGAUCAAAAUGUGUCCAUGCACUGACUAGGUUAUGUCUUCUCCGCAGAAGGUUUUCGGUCCAGAGAUGUGCCCGGUGCCACCUCGGGAUCUCGGCCUCAGAGAUGGUGAUGCGGGCCAGGGACUUGGUGUACCACUUGAACUGUUUCACCUGCACAUCCUGCAACAAGAUGCUAACGACUGGGGACCACUUUGGCAUGAAAGACAGUCUGGUGUACUGUCGGCUGCACUUUGAAAAUCUCAUACAGGGGGAAUAUCAGACACAUUUCAAUCAUGCGGAUGUAGCCUCUCACAAAGGACUGGGACCUGCCAACGCAUUGGGACUAUCCUACUUCAACGGCGUGGGGACUGUGCAGAAAGGGCGGCCCAGGAAAAGGAAAAGUCCCGGGCCAGGAGCAGAUUUAGCAGCCUACAAUGCCGGUAAGACUACAGUGAUAACAUUUCCAAUUAAUAUAGGCAUUUUCAGAACAACGCCAUACUGACUCAAUGGCCACUCCCCCUAAUCAAAAAGUUUUCAUUGCGUAUGACAAAAUGACAUAACUGUGCAAUUUAUAAUUAUUGCCAAGGCCUGUUAUUAACAACGCAGGCCAACAAUCAUGAAAGGGUGGGACUUAAAAGUGCAGGGGAGUCUUUAUCCAUAUGAUUUUAAGCAUGGUAAUAAUUUAAAUAGAGUAACCUACUUGUUCUCAAUAAUCUAUUAGCUAUAGUACAUUCGAUGCAACGACAAUUUUAUAUAGAUGUUGCAUUCUUUUAGGCUAAUGUCUUUGUUAUUUCAAUCGUGACAAUUCUUUCUCAUUCAAGUGGAGAGGUGCCAAACGAUUCGCCCUCUUCAUUGCAUCAGUUAAUCUCUAACGAUUUAAAUAGGCUAUCAUAAUCAAUUGAUGUUAUGAUAUUUUUGUUUUUGCAACCAAUAUUUUGCAACCAAUAUUUCAAUGACUUCGUUCAGUUCAUUGAUUUAAGCUAUGGGCUGUUAUUUCUUAGGCCUAAAAGGCACGUGGGGCCUAUAGCAGAAGACAAGUAGACAAUUCUUUGAUUUUACCAUACAAAGUUGUUUUUUAAUCAUUCAUUUUCUUUACCUCCAUGGACGUUCCUCUUUUGUUAAUAUCAGAAAAGUAUCGUAACCUAAAGGGUUGUAAUAUUGCAUUAGCGUAUUUGUGCUCUGGAGAAACUAAAUACCACAUUUGACCAUCAUUGUAGGCUACACUGUCAUUCGACACAACCGAGUUAAUUUCUGCCUAAUAUUCAAAACAUUUGACCUAAUUUCUCCCACGAAAUUAUAACAUGGUGGUUUCCCAAAUUGCUGCAGAUUAUGUAUCCGAAAUCCCUCUCUCUACAAUUCAACUGCAAUUCAACUGUGUGUGGCAGGACAGUUUUAUCCACACAUUUAUUCAUCCUGUCCUCUAAAAAAUUUUUUUGAAGUUCCGGCUUUCGCCUUAGCCAUUUCCCACUUGUCAGGCUCUAUAGACGUCUAAAGUUCCCCUUCUCGCCCGGUUGCGCACUCGGGAUCGGUUGGUCUGGGACCUGGCCAGAAUGGGUGUGCACUACAAGAGAUCAAUGAGACUUGACGAGUUAUCCAGUAGUGAUUGUGGCCAAUGAGCAGUUGUUGCAACAGUAAAAUAAUUUAUAUAAUAAAGAAGGCCCCUUCAGUAAGCAUAAUUGUCUUCUUGCAUCGACAUUUGUGUCUUGAGAAUGAAAUAUUGCCGUCAGUUAUUGUGUUAUUAAACUGUUUUCGUGCAUUCCUUCCAGCUUUCAUAAAAUAAGUCAAUCGUAGAAUAAAAGUUUGAUAAAGGGCAAAGUGAAUCGAUCUACCUUCAGGAUAUUAUCCUAUAGGCUAUUCAAGUAGGCGUAUAUAAAAUCACUUUUCUAUUUAGGCCUACGCAUCACUUGCCCGUGUGUCAUCAUUCACUUGGUCAUAUAAAGACUUUCCACAUGGUUCAUCAUCUGAUUGAGCCACCAUACUUUUUCAACCAGUAAACCGAAGUAACAUGUCUCACAACAUCUAAGCGGGAAGGGGAGGGGGUUGGGCCGCUACUGCCCUCUACUGUUUACGCAUUGGGCCACUGACUGAUAUACAUAUCAACCUUACUGUAUUAGAUUAAUAAACAACGUAUUUAAAGUAGGCUAUUGACUAAAGUCACCUAACAAUCUUUCACAAACGAAAUCGAUGUUGUGCUUGAAUAAAUAUCUAAUACGUUUCUGAAGCAAAAAUAUAUAUUAUUUCCAGCUGUUAUUAGAAAUGUACUCAUCAGCCUAUCAAUAGCUUUUGAACAUUUGCGAAAGAUAAAUACUGUUUAUGUAUGUCUGGUGUUUGUGGUUUAUUGUCUGAAGUGUUAUUCUGAGACAUUUGAAUGACUAAUAUUUAUUGUAUGCAGCAUUGAAUAUGUCUGAACUGUUAUGAAUAGAUAGCAACACAUAAGCAUUUGCCAAGAAAAUACUGUCAUGGAAAUGUGUCAUGUUUCUGCAUCCACGAUUCGAUUAUCUAGGGCAGACUAUAGCAUAUGACAAUUAAUAUGACAACAACCAUCACACAAUCAGGGUUAUUAUUAUUAUUAUUAUUAUUAUUAGUAGUAGUAGUAGUAGUAGUAGGCCUAGUACUAGUAGUAGUAGUAUCAACAUAUAUUAAUUAGACUAUUAUUGUAUUUUAUUUCACCUGUUUUAUGUGCUUAUUAUUUCAGCUCAAUUCAUAUUUUUUCAAGGACAAAUGGCAUUUUUAUUUUGCAAACUGACAAUGCAUAUUUCCCAGCUUAAGACCUCUAUGUGUAAAGACACUCCUGCCAAUACCAGCCAGAAAGUAAUUCACAUGCACAUAUUUUAAUUGGUUGAUGUCUUACACAACCUGCCUAUGACACCAUAUAGUGAGUGCUGCUUAAUGUAUGUGAAUGUAACACUGGGUAUCGCCCUAAAAAUGUGUAAUUGUUAGAAGUCAAUGUUCAUGUUAACACUGAUAUAUACAAAUAUCACAAAUACAUCAAAAAUGCUCCAAAUAUAAUAUCAUAUUUUGAUUAUGGUGCUGGAUGGUGUAAGGACCUUAUGAGACACCGCUGUUCAAUAGCCAGGCUGUGGUUGAAUUUACAAUCACUGUUCAAAUAUACCUAUGAUUUUCAUGUGUGUAUUCCUCGCCACGCUCUCUACCCAAAGUUUAAUUACUAAACCAAUCUUAAAACAUGGUAUUAAAAGCCAGCUACACUCACUGCUGGGCUGCAUAUAAGCCAGCAUUUUGCCCGUUUUAUUAAUGAAUUAAUUCAAUACAUAAUGUAGCAAAAUACAUAACAUGGUCAUGUUUAACUUAUUCACUUGUUCGUGAAUGAAACACCAUAUUCAGGUGGACUAACCAACAUCUGAUCUUUGUGUGUGUGUGUGUGUGUGUGUGUGUGUGUGUGCGUGUGCGUGUGCGUGUGUGUGUAUGUGUGUGUGUGUUUGUUUGUUUGUGUGCGUGUGUGUGGUGUCCUCCAGCACUCAGCUGUAAUGAGAAUGACGGCGACUCUAUGGACAGGGACUCUUACAGCUCUAGUCAGAAGACCAAGCGCAUGCGGACCUCCUUCAAACACCACCAGCUUAGGACCAUGAAGUCCUACUUCGCCAUCAACCACAACCCAGACGCCAAGGACCUGAAGCAGCUAGCCCAGAAGACUGGCCUCACCAAGCGUGUACUACAGGUUAGAUACACACACCUACACUGUAUUGUUCCUGAUAUUGAACAAAAUGAGGAAAACUACACACAAAAGGAAAAAGAAAAUUGUUCUUGUGUAUUAUGAUGGGAAUACAAUUGAAUAAUGGGAUGUUGAAAUCAAACAAGUAUCAAAGGGACAUUUUUAUAUUUCAAUUUCCAGAUAGGAAUUGUGAGGAGUGAGAGUAAUAAAAUCAGAUCUACUGCUUAUUAUGGGGAGCGGGGAUCACAACAGAGAGCGCUUGAUUUCCACAAAGACGACAGCAAAUUAUCUAGGGGACUGAAGAAAAAAAUGAGACAAAAAGGUUUCUGAACAAAAAUUCUGUAAAAAUCGCUCCGCUUUAAUUAACGCUCCCAGAAAACAAAGCAGUCAUUUUGCUUUGAUGCGUUCUAUUUUUCAUGCCUGUUAUUCCAGUUGAAACCUUCCCUCUGUCUUUUCCCCACGGUUCCAUCACUAACAGUCGCAACGAUGUUGCCUUGCUGUGGUACACAGGUCUGGUUCCAGAAUGCUCGGGCCAAGUUCCGGCGGAACCUGAUGAGACAGGAGAACACAGGGGUGGACAAGACCUCAGACGGCUCCACCCUGCAGGGGGGCACGCCCUCUGGCCCCGCCUCAGAGGCCUCCAUGAGCCCCUCCAGCACCCCCACGACCCUGACGGACCUGACCAACCCCACCAUGCCCACCGUCACCUCCGUAUUAACCUCUGUGUCUGGCAGCAUGGAUGUCCACGAGUGCAGGAGCCCAUCGCAGACCACCCUGACCAGCCUGUUCUGA